CAUAACUUAAAUGCAUGAAAAAUUAGGCAAACACAAUGGAAGGCACUCAUACUGCACUCCAGUUGCACAGACCCAUUAUGGAGCUUUGCUACGUCAGUUUCUGUCUCCCAAAGGGAAAAGUCAGAGGAUUCACAUACAAGGGUUGUGUUACUCUAGACAGAUCCAAUAAACGUUUUCAUAACUGCUAUCAAGUGAGGGAAGGCUCAGAGGCGGCAGGAUCAAGUGGGCAAGCCUACGAAAACAUUGGAGACAUCUUCUUCAAGCAAACUCCUACUAAGGAUAUUCUCGCUGAGCUGUAUAAGCUAAAUGCUGAAAAGGAGAAGCUAUUAGCCACUUUGCUGAGUUCCAGCCACAUUCUAGGAGUUAAAAUGGGAAAUCAGGAUGGAAAGCUAGAAGGAGUGUCUCAGAGUCUUGCGUAUAACGAUGAGGAUAACCUGGGUUUCAGCGAUCAACAAGAAGCUUUUUUGGGAUCUGUGGAAAUUAAGCCCACCCUGAAAAACAAAAAGGCAAGAAAAUUUAGCAAACGGAGAGAGAGCAUUGAGGAUUUUAUAAACAAAAAAAUAAAAAGAAAGGUCCCUGCAGUUUUGGAUCAUUCAGCAUCGAAAAGCAAAGACAUUUUGUUGGGAUGUGACAAACAGAGUUCUUCCAGACAUCCUGGUAAUAUUUCUUCUAGUUCUUAUCAGGCAAAAACCGCAGGCCAAGAUGAUUUAUCAUCAGAUAUUAAUAUACCACCAGAAAGAUCAAGAAGAGACUGGCUUUUGCUUGAGGACACUUGGGCUUUUGGCUCUGAUACAGACCUCUCUGUUUCUUUUUCUGAAUAUGACAAUGAUGUGUUGGGACACUGUUUUGCACAUUCCAGCCAUAGUCUGUUAGAAGAUGUAGAGGGUACCCUUAAAGUGAUGCAAGAGCAGCCAAGCAGCCUUUUAAUGCACAAUUUCCAAGAAAUAGCACCCAACAAAUCUGAGACCUUUGAUAUGGCUGCUACAUCAAAAAGACUACACAGUGAGAAUCGUAUCGCGGAGGUUGGCAACACCAAACUUGAUGUUAGAGAGCAUUCAAAAGUACAGAACGAAGAACACCUACAGAGAGCCUUAAAAAGCCCUGUAGAAUGUGGCCAAAGAGUGUACAGUAGCAAAGAAUGUAUUAAUAGUGUAUUUGCCCCUGAGAUACAAGAAAAAGAUUGUGAAGGCUCUGUCCAACAAUAUGAAAGAGAACAAGAGCAUGUUAUUGAUGAAUCAUGCAAGCUGGCGGGAGCAGUCAAUAAAACCCUACUGAAAGUUAUACAAAAUGACAGGUUAGAUGAGACUGCAGAAUGGAAAAGAUUACAGCAUCUUACAGGAGCAGAAAGGAAACCCUCAGGCUUGGGAUAUGAAAAAAGAGCUACAGUCCCCCGGGAGAGCAGCAGACAUUUGUCUUUACACUUGCCAGUAGGUUUGAAUCCUGAUAUUUGUCAGACAAGGACCAAUGUUAAACAAGAAGAUAAAAGGAAGCCAUCUCCUCCUUUAGUAGCAGUUAGCAAUGUUUUUAAUAAUUCAUAUCCAGCAUCAAAUAUACACAAGCAGAUGUCUCCUCCUUCGUCCUCAGGACUGCCUAGCCCACAGUUCCACCACAGAAUACUUCCAUUGCCUACACCAGACGCUGCAGAAGAAUCUGGGUUUGGUGACCCCAAAAGUUCAAAAUACUAUAUUACAAAUCUCCUUUUGGAUAGAGAUUUGGAAGCACACCCUCUGAAGUUUUAUGAAUCUGAACAUUCCGGACUCUUUAUGAGACAACCAAACAUACAUCAAGGUGCUACAGAGGACCUUUUGAAGGAAAGCAUCCCUACAGAAAAAGCUAAUAUCCAACUACAUUCAGGUAUUCCAACAGAGGCUGAUUUGAAGAAUGGCAUCUCAGAACAGGCAUCUAAUGUACAUGUCACAAAUAGAGAUGAGGAUGCCUGGGUUUUAAGUUACAGGUUGGGACAGUCUAAUUCACCAGCUUGUUGCAGUGAGUCCGGAAGAGCUGAAAGACAUUUACUGCACCUAGACUUAAAGGAAUAUAAGAGCAACUGUGAUUUGCCCAACAUGGAGGCAAAGCAAACUUCUGAUUGCAACAAGCUCGUAGAGAGUACAGUGAAAGCUGAACCAGGCCAGACUCCCUUCACUAAACUUUCUGUGAAAGCGUUUUUUGGAUUUCCAGAUAAACUAGACUCCAGAGCAUCAGAAGAGCAAGCAGUUCUUAAAAGAUUUCAAAAUGUCAAUGGUGACGUCCAUAUUGACAGCCAGGAAGAGGGGAGCAACAUUGGUGGUGAAGAGGAUCCUAGAAUAGCUGGUCUACUGCCAGAAGUACUACAAUCUCAAUGUGAAAUGCCACAAAGCAUAAACGAUGCUCAAACUACUCUGGAUGCUGGUACUGGCAGCUUGUUUGCCUUAGAGACCAAUGCCACUGCCUCCAUGUCCUCAGGGGUGCCGAGUGCCUCGGGUGACACUGAAGCUGAUGUUGGCAGCACAAUUGACUCGGAAGCCAGCGCUGGUGUCCAAGAUAACUGUGAGGCUGAUACUGGCAGCCCGGCUGACCUGGGACUGAUGGAGCCUGAACAGAAUGAGCCGUUUCUUUGUAGUACCGAGUCAAUACAUUCGCCUUUGUCUGAAUUCAGCAGAAAAAAUGGGAAGGAUGUCAUUCUUGCUCAGGGUACUUUGGUUCACACAACAAGUGACACAGAGUCGGACAAUGAGGCCACAGAUCUACACUGUGAUGAAAAAGCAAUCCACAAUUCUGUGAUCGACAGUGCCGUGACUUUGCAGGAUAAUGACCAGAACAAGGAAGAGCAGGAAACAGAAGGAUGUAGACAAACUGAUGGUACUACGAGUGGAGACAAAAUAGAACCAUCUCUACCAACUUCUAAAUUGCCUGUAAAAGAAAUGGAUGAUACCAUACAGGAAAUCGGCUUCAAUAGUGAAAACAUAAUGCUAGGAGAUGAGGACAGUAUUAGCCUGCCUGCUACAGGAGAAGAUGCUCAGGAGUCUGGAGAAGAGCAAGGAUCUCUGGCAAGCAGUUCUAGUAGUGUAUCUAUCCAAAAACCAACUGCAACUGAAAAGUCCUUUCAGCUUCCUGCCUUCUUUAGUGGAUUACGUGUACGGAAAAAAGGGCAGCCCAGAGAUCUGGGGGAAAGUGUAACUGAAAUCAAACAGAAGGACGGUGAUUUGACUAUCCUUAAAUUAAGGCAACCUGUUAAGAAAUCCCAUAUUGCACCUGAUCAGUUCUCUAAGAGGAAAUUAACUGAGCCUAAAGCUAGUCCAACUUUUUUGGAACAACUCUCUCAACUUUUAGGGCCUAAAAAUGAUGAUAAAGAUUCUAAUGAGGUAACAAGUGAAUCUGGAGGCAGCGAUGACGGUCAAGAAAGCAAAUCUGCUGUGCGACCAGAACCUUCACUCCCCCCUGAAGAAGUCAAACCAAGUCCUGCUGAAUCAGCUCUGGAUGCAUUCAAAGCUUUAUUCACACGCCCUCCCAAAAAAGAAACAACUGCAGACACUUCAGAGCUAGAAGCCAUAAAACGCAAAAUGAGACAUGAAAAGGAAUCUUUGAAAGCAGUAUUUGAAAGGUCAAUAACGAAAGCUGGGGAUGGAGCAAGCGAUACAAAACCAACUGAUGCAAGUUCCUCGGAACAGGAUGACAAGACUCCAGGAAGACUCCAGACUAUCUGGCCACCACCCAAAGCAAAAGAUGAAGAAGAGAAAGUUGGAUUAAAGUAUACUGAAGCAGAAUAUCAUGCUGCUAUUUUGCACUUAAAGAAGGAGCACAAAGGUGAAAUUGAAAAACUGAAGUCUGAGUUUGAACUCAAAGCCUUUCAUAUUCGAGGAGAGCAUGCUUUGUCAACUGCAAAGCUUGAGGAAAACAUUGCAAAUUUAAAAAAUGAACUGGAGAAAAUAUUAUACAAGAGAAGUGAGGAAGCAAAAGAUGCCUGUGUAUCCACUGAAGAUGACUACCCACCAAAGACAUACAGAAAUGUAUGCAUACAAACGGACAGGGAAACUUUUAUAAAGCCAAGUGAAGAUGAAAACCGGACAGUCAAGAGUAACCAAACGAUACCUAAGAAGCUUAAUAUAUCUUGCUUGAAUAACAGUAUUUCUGCCUCAAUUGAUCAUAAGGAAACUUGCAGUUCAGGCUAUGCCUCAGGAAGGUUUCCACCAUCACCACCUCCUCCUCCUCCACCACCACCACCUCCACCACCUCCUCCACCACCACCUCCUCCACCUGGUCCAAUUCCUUCAGCACCAGGCUUCGAAACCUCCUAUCCACCGCCACCACCUCCACUUCCUAUACCUUUGGCGACUCAUCACCUUCUACCACCUCCACCACCAGGGCCUCCUCCACUGGGAGGGGGACCGCCUCCUCCUCCACCUCUUGGUAGCAUGUUAUCAAACCAAAGUCCUCGAAAACCUGCUGUUGAACCCACCUGCCCCAUGAAGCCGCUGUACUGGACUAGAAUACAAAUCAAAGAUUGCAGCCCAAAUGUAGGACCAACUCUGUGGGAGUCAUUAGAAGAACCCAAUAUAUGCGAUACUACGGAAUUUGAAAAUUUAUUCUCCAAAGAAACAGCUCAGGAAAAGAAAAAACCUUUAUCAGAUUCUUAUGGAAAGAGAGCAAAAACCAAAAAGAUUAUCAAACUGUUGGAUGGAAAGAGAUCUCAAACUGUAGGAAUUUUGAUAUCAAGUUUGCAUUUGGAGAUGAAGGACAUACAACAAGCUAUACUGAAUUUGGAUGAUUCAGUAGUAGACCUAGAAACACUGGAAGCACUGUAUGAAAAUAGAGCACAAAGUGACGAACUGGAGAAAAUAAAGAAGUAUUAUGACACUUCAAAAGAAGAAGAAGUAAAACUCCUGGACAAACCAGAACAGUUUUUGUAUGAAUUAUCCCAGAUUUCCAAUUUUGCAGAACGGGCCCAGUGUAUAAUCUUCCAAUCAGUUUUCAAUGAGGGGAUAACUGCAGUGCACCGUAAAGUGGACAUUAUUAAUCGUGUUUCCAAGGAGUUGCUGGACAUGAAAACUGUGAAAGAAGUUUUGGGUUUGAUUCUGGCUUUUGGGAAUUACAUGAAUGGAGGAAAUAGGACACGUGGUCAAGCAGAUGGUUUCUGUUUGGAAAUACUCCCCAAACUUAAGGAUGUAAAAAGUAGAGAUGCUAGAAUUAAUCUUGUGGAUUAUGUUGUGACGUAUUUCCUACGCCAUUAUGACAAGGAAGCAGGGACAGACAAGAGUGUGUUUCCUUUACCAGAACCACAGGAUUUCUUCCAGGCAUCCCAAUUAAAAUUUGAAGAUUUAAUAAAAGACUUAAGAAAACUGAAGAGAGAUCUCGAAGUUUGUGAAAAGCAGAUGAAAGUGGUUUUCAGAGACUCACCAGAAGAUCAUCUCCAGCCCUUUAAGGAUAAAUUGGAAGAUUUUUUUCUUAAAGCUGUAGAAGAACAUAAGUUCGAGGAGAGCCAUUUGGAGAAUGCACAAAAAUGCUUUGAAGAAAUGGUGAGAUAUUUUGGGAUAAAGCCAAAGUCUGGUGAGAAGGAGAUCACGCCAAACUACGUUUUCACGGUAUGGUACGAGUUCUGCAGUGACUUUAAGGCCAUUUGGAAACGAGAGAGCAAAAGCAUUUCCAAAGAAAGACUCAAAGUGGCCCAGCAAUCAGUGAGCAAGUUAACUGCAGAAAAGAAGGUGGAAACAAAGAAAAUCAAUCCCACUGCCAGUCUGAAAGAAAGACUACGUCAGAAAGAAGCCAAUGUGACCACCAACUGAAAGAAGACACAUGAAAAUAAUGACAGUGUGACUUAAUACCUAGCAUGAUGCUUCACUCUGCGCAUCUCCCUAGGGAGCACCUUAUUGUAGAUGUUAUGGAGUUUUGCUUUGCUCUUCCUUUACUCAGACAAUCCACAAAAGACUUCUCAAUCCCUUGGUUUACACUGAAGAGGAGACAUGAAGAAGUUUGUUUACAUGUGAAUUAUGAAGAGUUUUGUAUAACACUUCCCUUAUGUGGCUUUAAAUGCAGCUCUUUUCCUGGAGGUUAUUUGAGUACUCUAUGCAAAAUGUGCAAGUUGUUGUAGAAGGGGGACAAAAUCA